AUGGACAGCGAUUUAGUUCACGAUUCGACCAAGAAGUGCGUAGUGAAGAUCUGUAAGGGAGCUCCCGCUUCAAAAUGGAAAAAAAUAACAGAGAACAUGCUAAACAAGGCAGGGGCCAACAAAACUCUGGCUUCAUACUAUAAGGAUCAUGAGAAUGAGUAUAUGUGCAUGAGUUGCUAUAAUGCAAUUGUGGUAAACAGAUCAAGUGUUUUUAAAGAGCACGCCGUAGAAUGGGAGAAAGGGUUAAAAAGAUGUCGAAAUAGUGUUUCUAUGAGUGAAAGUAUUUCAUUACUAACUAAUAUUAUUUUUGAGAAAGAAAUAAUAAACAGAAAUCCACCUAUUGUCUCAUUUUCUCAGCUUAGAUCAGUUGCGGAAAAUAAGAAUAAUGAACUAAGUUUCUUUUUCGAUCAAUGGUCAUUAGCAUAUCAAUGUUAUUUGAUGUGCUGGAAUCAGAACAAAGUCAUACCACUUUGGAAUUUCAAAAAUGAAUCAACAACGGAUGAUGAUAAUCUUUCGUGGAUAGAUGGGGUUAACAUCUUAACAAGACUUCUAUACGAUCGAGAAAAAGUUGAACAAACGCCAACCAUUUAUAGUUUUAAACAACUGGAAAAAAAUUUAAAUAAGCUUGAUAAGAGAUUGGCAGUGGAAUGUUAUAUUAUUUGUGGUAAUCAAAACUUUAAACUAACAGCAUUUAAAGAAAAUAUAUCUCUUUUUUUAGAUUUAAUGGGGGCUUCCGCGGAAGCUUUAGAUGCUUUAUCAUAUGCAGGUAUAACGAUGUCACAAAGGCAUCUGGACAGGAUAAAGACGGAAAUCGUUAACGACCAUUUAUCUAAAAUCAACUCAUAUUUAAAAAAUAAUAAGCACAAUGCAUUAGCAUUAAAUGUUGACGAUUACCAUAACAUUCAUUCCAAGCGAGUCCCCGAUACAUGUUCAACAUCAAACGUUGCACACAUGACAACCUUGGUGUUAAAUCAUAUUGAUAUGGCAGCUAUUCCACGAAUUAUGUCAAAUGGCGCAUCAAUUCACAAUCCAAAACUAAUUGAUUUUGAACUUGUUUGUAAUGUUUUAGGUCAUCAUUAUAUGGAACAAAUGGCUAAGACUUUUAAUGAUCGGUUCUAUUAUGAAACGUCUUUGGAUGAAAAACUCGAAAACAUGACUCUUCAUAGCUAUAAUUCCCAUAUACAAGAACAGCAGGAAGAGCGUAAAAUGAAAGAUACUAGUCUCUUGGAUUUUUUUGAAUUAAAGCUUGAAUAUGUGGAUUCGUAUAUCAAUGCUUUACAACAUGUUUACGAAGUUUCUUUAUUAAAUAAUUAUUUAACUAAUCACAAUAUUCCAAUUAUAGCUGAUUGGCCUGGGCAGGUGUUUAUACGACAGGCUAUAACACUUUAUUUGCAAAAUCAUUGGGGCGGAGGUGUUUCUCCUUGGAAUAUUCGAAAACAUUUAUCAAAAACUAGGUCAAAGUUUCAUCAAGAGUAUGAAGAGCAAAUUUACCUUUCAGUUGGCUCAAAAUUGGUGGAAUCCCCUGAAGUCAAUAAAGAAAAUAACCAAGAUCAAAGUAUUUUAACUGAUGAUGAUAUAUUAGAAAAUUUGCAAAAAAAUAAGGAAG